AUGCAGGCUGUUACUACGGCGCGGCUGUGGCUUCCUGAGUUAAUCAAGUACCUCGAAGUGUCUCCGAAGGACCUCUUCAAUUUUGACGAGACCGCAUUAUUCCCGGCGUGCCAGCCCCGCAAAACAUGGGCGAACGAUGCGCCCGUUGGAGGGAAAGCCGCAAAGGACCGUGUGACGGUCGCCUUUUUGUGCAACGCGGACGGUUCUCAGAUGUUCCGCCCGAUGGUCAUCUCGAAAGUCCGACGCCCACGUGACUUGAACGAGAAUGGUUUCGACCCCGAGCCCUACGUCUACUGGCGCUACAACAAGCGCGGAUGGAUGACCAGCGAGAUUUUCAUGGCAUUCAUCGAAUCCCUGAAUGCCACGUUUUUCGCGGAGGAACGACAGGUGGUCCUCCUUGUGGACAAUGUAUCUAGCCACUGUGUCGCCUCUGCCACGGCGUUGCGCGAGGACAUCAUGGGAUUCCGCACGGUGAAGCUUAGCAACCUCCGCGUGGUGUAUCUUCCACCAAACACCACCGCCUUCACGCAGCCCCUUGAUCAGGGCGUCAUCCGGGCGGUGAAAGCGCGUUUCCGGCAGAAGGCUAUUGCGGAUUUGCUGCGCCGGUGGGACGGCCGUGGGAGCCCCGCCACCCUCCAGUCCUUGAAGCCGAAAUCGUGGGAGAUGGUAGUGUGGAUCUUCGAGUCAUGGAACGCCGUCGAGGCCGACACCAUCCAGCGUUGUUGGUGGCAUGCCGGCAUUCUGCCGCGGUCUUGGAUUCCCUUUAUGCCGUUUGGGAGCAAUGGUUCGUCCGAUCCCGGAGACACUACAGAGGAACUCGAGUUUCUCGCUAGGCAGCGCGCGUUCCUCAAUCUGGGUCCUGCUGGGUUGUCCGCCACCGAGUUCUGCUCGGUGGACGACCAUGUCCCAACUUGCGACAUUGAUGGCCCCGACCCGCUGGCGGAUGAACCCCCCAUGACGCGCGGUGCCCGCCCUUCUAUGGUUCCGCUGCCAAGUCCUCCAGUGGAAGCCUCGAGGCUCCGCGAGCGUCGGCGCGUCGCAAGGCGCGCGACCGAGAUUCUUAUUGGGUAUGCUCGUGCGACCCGCAUCAUGCCAAGCGAGCUUGUGCAUAUCUUCGGAAUCAACAACACCGAGGUCGUGGCGCGGCUGGAUCGCGCUAGUCACGGAACCCUCAACCUGAACAACCCCCCCCCUCAACAGCGGUGUAGCGGCUGA